AUGAAUAGUAGUGGCAUGGAAAGAUUUAGAAAAUGCGCAACAUUUUUUUCUAUAGGGCAUCUGCUUGUUUUUGCGAUGGCCGCGGGGCAGGACAUAGCAGCCAAAGGAUGCGGCAGGGCUUUCGAUCUGCCCAGGGGCAGAGCGCGCAUUCUAAGCAGCCACACCCUCUGGCUCUGCAGGGCGCGGCUGCCCUCUGUGCGUGCGGCCAGCCUUACAGCCAUAGAAGCCCACAGGUCUUUUGGAGAAGGCAGCACAGCAGGGCGCGGCAUGGCGCUCCGCUCUGGCACUUUUUCCUCAGACGCCCACAAAAAGCGGCCUAUUCGCGACGGCUCGGGCAUUUCUGCGGUUUACACGCCGCUAGAUGCUGCACACCCGCAUGCAGACAGCUUGAAAGGGCAGCCCGGCUGCUGUGGUGCACUUGCGAUUGUAGACACGCCAAACGCCUGCGCGCCAGAAACGCCCUCGCCAAAGCUAGACACAACAGGCCAUAUCCAGCGCAGCCUGGGGCAUAGAUUCCACAGAAAGAACUUGCAUCUGACAUGCCAGCUGUUUUUUCCCGUUGGGGCAAAGGGCGCCUAUGGCGAAUCCUUAUGCAUUGGCAAACAGAUCCGGGCAUCUUUUCUUUCGCUGAAAAAGAAAGAUUAUAUAGAGUUUCUGUCUAAUCUAGGGCCGGGCAUUGCUGCCAAAAAGGCAGCACUGUGCGAAAUCAUCAAAACGCCAGAGGAGUACAGCUACUUGCAAGAAAUUUCCGAUUGGAGCAGCGCUCUGGUCUCUCAGACAGUGUGCUUUAUUACGGAGGUCUCUCCGCCAGAGUUCGAUCUUGCGCACUUUGACAGCACAGCGACGCGCUACAUCCAUCCUUUUGGUUCAAAUGCGCAAGUUUGCUUUUCCUUGAAGAGCCACAGCAACCACAGAGAAAUCGGCAAAAAUCUGGACGUGCUGAAAAGCCUAGACUUGAGCAAGAAAGACCAAAGGCUUUCUGGCGCGCUGUGGUCUUUUUUCAACGUGCCCGAAAUACUCAGAGACUUUUCAGAGUUCAAAAUGGGGUUUUUGGCGUCUUUAAAAAAGAAGCACAAAAAGCUGCACGCGGGCUGUUCUCUGGAAAAGCAUCUGCACAAGCCAAAGGAUAUUUCGGACUUUUUCGGUGCCCUAGAGUGCUUGUCUGGCAUAGCAAGAAGCAUAUGCGCGCGCGCGGAAGAAGACAUCGGGGCAACCCGAAAAGAAUGCACCGGCAUGGCAAAAAAGCUAAAAAAACAUUUGGAGCAGCUUGCCUUCAGCGGGGAGCAGCACAGGCAGCCCGCUGAUCACAGCUCUGCCAAAAACGCCAUCGAGUCACUUUUCCGGGUUACUUUGGCGUUUUACAGCGUAUACCAAAACAGCGUAGAGGGCAUCCCGAUCGAGGGCAGCCGUGUUUUUUUCCCCGAACAAAUAUAUCUAAGCAUUUUCAGCGUGGAAAAAGACCCUGGCAAAGUCGGGUACUGCCAGGUUACAGCAGAGCCAAACGACAAACAAAGCAAGGCCUGGGAGGGCUCUGCGUGCGAAAAGCCUACUUUGCAGCAUGUGUACUAUAUAGACAACGAGGCGCAGGCGCGGAAACCUGUUAUAGUUCCGUGGGCUGUCUCGGGCAUUCCCUGUGAAGAAAUAGCGAAGUACAUUGCAGACAUGUACAAUAGGCCGCAGAGCCAAAUACACCUGUUUUUGUUUGACUCUGAAAUGCAUAGUUUGGCACACAUGGAUCCGAGCAGCACAACAUACUUUGGCGCAAACAAGUUCAGCAAAAAAAUCCUGGUUUUCUACUACAUAUCGAACAACCCGACAGAAAACGCAAAGCUCCGGCUUGUCGAAUUUAGGCCGCGCGAAGACAACGCCCCCGGGGCAGAAAGAAGCCGAGUCUGUUUUCCGCUGUUUCUCAACGAUCUGAUGUUUCGCCUAAUAGACCAUUCUGGCCACAUGUUCCAAAAAACAGGCCCUGAAAAGGCUGCAGGGUUUGUUGAAAGCCUAGAGGGAAUGGUCAUCACGGCAUACGUGCUUGUGCCGCCCCCGGGAAGACCCCAGGGCUACUAUCCGCUAGCGGUGAUAGACCUGGAGUCGGAUCCAUGGGACUUCGAGAUGGGCUAUGCCGCCUCCUCUAUUCAAGUCUCCCCCACCUCAGCCUCGGGCGCCUGCUAUUCAAUUGCGUACAAAACUAGAAAAGUGCGAAGCGAGCCCUGCUACACUGUUUUUAUAGGCGAGAACGCUGGAUGCAUACUAAAGCAGAGCACAUAUGAAGAGGAGGGCGCAGAAAGCGCUCUGGACAGGCCUGCAGACCCGCAUAAAGCAAAGCAUGCUGCCGCGCGCGCCCCCUCGUGCAGCCCGAGCCAAUACGAGCCCGGCGCGCACCCAAGCCUGGCGCAGGGCUGCAUUAAGCAAGGCGUAGAAAAUCUCAGCAACCUUUUUUGGCACGUGGAGAAAAGCAGCAUAAAAAAAUGCAUAGUCAUGAGCCUUCUAAGCGCCAAACAGUGCAACCAGCUUGGCCUGCGCGGGGACCUUCUAAGGCUCCUAAUGAAAUAG